UUCAACACUCCCCGUCGCUCUCUCCCUAGUCCCUCCAAGUCCAAACCCCGAGGAGAGAGCUCUUUCAGAAACUCGUCAGAAAGACACAGAGAGGCCUCUCCGGUUCUCCGCCCUCCGUCGACACCAGCAUCACCAUCCGUCCCGUCCUCCGGCAGCCCGACUCCGCCUCCCCGUCUCGACCGCCGCCUCCCUGCGGCCCUCCCGCCUGGCUCCCCAGGAUUCUACAUCUAUUGAUUUGACCAUGGCAACAGCUAUUUAUCUUGAUGACACUGAUGCUGAAGCUAUCAAUCCUCCAAAGAAUGAGAUGUUAGAUGUCACCAAACUAGUUGGUUAUCCAACCCAGCAUUCACCAAAACAGAAUAUUACAGUUUCGAGCAACAUGCAUGAGCUACUGGAAUGCCAUGCAUCUUUGAUUGCCAUGAAUCCUCCAAAUCAUCAGUGCUCCAAUGGAGAAGUACCUUAUUUUGAUGGCACAAACUAUGCAUCAUGGAAGCACAGAAUGAAAUUUCACUUGUAUAGCAUGAACCCCCUUGUGUGGCGCAUAGUGGAAACCGGCUUUGUUGUUGUAGAUGAAGCAAAUCCUACAGUGACUGAGUAUCGCCUAUUACACAACAAUGCUCAAGCCACCAAUGCUCUAUUUUGUGCAUUAAGUGAAGAUGAGUUUAGUUUGGUGUGCACCCUUGAAAAUGCAAAGGAAAUUUGGAAUACUCUCCAAGAAAUUCAUGAGGGCAGUUCGUCCGUCCGAGAGGCGAAAGUUGAUCUUUUGAGGUGCAAGUUGGAUUGGUUUGAGUUGAGUGAGGGCGAGUCUCUACAUGACAUGUAUACGAGACUCAACAGCUUAGUCAAUGAAAUCAAAGACCUUGGAGGCAAAGAUAUGACCAACUUAUGUGUGGUGAAAAAGUUGCUCCGGGUCAUGGAAACAAGGAAUCCUUCGUUAGUGAAUAUUAUUCGCCAAAGCGACGACUUCAAUGAACUCACUCCAAAUUUUGUCUUUGGGAGAUUCCUCAUUCAUGACAUCAGGAAAGAAGAAUCAAGGAUUGUGAGAGAUCUAAACAAGUGCUCCAACAGAAGAAGAGGUGCUUAUAACAAAGUUCCUCCAACUCAUAUAGCACCUCACAUUAUCAAGGAGGUUGCUCCGCAAGAGUACCUUACUUUGAUGGCACAAACUAUGCAUCAUGGAAGCACAGGAUGAAAUUUCACUUGUAUAGCAUGGACCCCCUUGUGUGGCGCAUAGUGGAAACUGGCUUUGUUGUUGUAGAUGAAACAAAUCCUACAGUGACUGAAUAUCGCCUAUUACACAGAAAUGCUCAAGCCACCAACGCUCUGUUUUGUAUGUUAAGUGAAGAUGAGUUUAGUUUGGUGUGCACCCUUGAAAAUGCAAAGGAAAUUUGGAAUACUCUCCAAGAAAUUCAUGAGGGCAGUUCAUCUGUCAGAGAGGCAAGAGUUGAUCUUUUGAGGUGCAAGUUGGAAUGGUUUGAGUUGGGUGAGAGCGAGUCUCUAAUUGACAUGUAUACGAGACUCAACAGCUUGGUCAAUGAAAUCAAAGACCUUGGAAACAAAGACAUGACCAACUUAUUUGUGGUGAGAAAGCUGCUCCGGGUCAUGAAGCCAAGGAAUCCUUUGCUGGUGAAUAUUAUUUGCCAAAGAGACGACUUCAAAGAACUCACUCCAAACUUUGUCUUUGGGACAUUCCUCGAACAUGACAUCAGGAAAGAAGAAUCAAGGAUUGUGUGGGACGAGAACAAUAAAGAACACAAACGUCACUUUGAAGGCAAAGGAAGUCAUACAAGAAGAUCCAAGCAAUGAAGAUGAAGAUCAAGGGCAACAAAUACACGGUAAUGAUGCAGCUGUCCUAACAAUGAGGACAAAAGAGAUGGAAAAUACAAGAAAUCCUUUCACAAGAAGAGCAUGUUCCACAAGACCAUGAAAGAGCCUAACUUCGAUGAACAUAUAGUUUGAUAGUGGCCUAACCCCUCCACUCUAGUCGACAUCCUUGAUCUUUCAUCAUGGAUAUUUAUAGCUUCCUUACUUAAUGGGUGUUUGCCAGUAAACUAAGGUGGUAGUGUAAGUUUAGCUUUCUUGCUCAGGAAAACAUUGAUUCUGCGAGAUUUCUCCCCCACCUUGUCUCAUGUCUUUAUGGACUAACCUUGUGUAACCAACGCACUGGAGUUCCUUUACACCUGCAAGAGUGCCAGAAUCUCACCAUGAUGGUUCAACAAUAA